UUUAUUUAACAUAUUUUCACGGUGCAGAAACAACUUGUUCACUUUCCAGCGGUCUGGCAACCCUGACUACAACCUCACUGCAUUUUCGGCUCCAACGUUUUAACGAUGAACUAACGAAAAUAUCAAUCAAAAUUGAAAGCGACUGGCUUCAGGAGAAGAUAAACAAAUAUAGAGAGUUGUGACCAUUAAGACCGAAUUUUGUUAUUAAGCAAUCCUGAGAAGAAAUGGGCAAUACAGCCAUCACCCGAGUGCAAAUGGAGGCCACGAAGAGUGUGCCGGUAGACCACGCCAAGUACAUGAGCGGUGGUGGUUCCCCGCCACCAGAAUGCCCCAUGCACCAGAAGCAUGGAGAUGCGAGAUCCGCCUCCGCCGUGCCUCCACAUCCCAAGAUGCAGACCGCUUCCGAAUGUCCGGUGCAGCACGACAACAGCGACGUUAAUCCGCUGAACAUGAUGCCACCGGCAAACCAACAGCCGGCAGCAGAUCAACCUUUCCCACUGCCCACCGACCGCCAGACAUCGACCAUUCCCAAGGUCACCGAGGAUGGCAGUGUUCAAUUCUGGCAGUAUCCCAGCCAACAGAUGUUUUGGAACGCCAUGCUACGCAAGGGCUGGCGCUGGAAGACCGAGGACGUAUCGCAAAAGGACAUGGGCGACAUCAUACGCAUCCACAAUGCCAACAAUGAGCAGGCCUGGCAGGAGGUUCUUAAGUGGGAGGCGCUCCACGCGAAGGAAUGCGGCAAUCCGCGCCUUAAGAGCUUCGGUGGCAAGGCCAAGGACUUCAGUCCGCGCGCUCGAUUCCGCAGCUGGCUGGGAUACGAGCUGCCCUUCGAUAGGCACGACUGGAUAGUCGAUCGCUGCGGCAAGGAUGUGCGCUACGUCAUCGACUACUACGACGGUGGACUAGUCGACAAAGAUUACCGCUUUGCCCUGCUGGACGUACGUCCCGCCAUGGACUCCGUGGACAACGUUUGGGACAGAAUGCGCGUAGCUUAUAUGCGCUGGAAGUACGAGCUGUCCGAGAAGUUUGGCAGCCCGGAUGGCGGCAAGGUAACCGCUGGUAGCGACUAGGUGGAAUGCAUAUUUAGAUGAUCGCUUUGUGUACAAAAUCGGCUUAAGUUAUCGGAUGGAUGAAGGGGAGUUUGGUUAAAUGCGUUUGGGUCGCUGCAAAGCGAAACGAAGUUGAGCCCUCUCUUUAAAUAAACGUUAAAUCUUGACUUCUGAACACCCAAA